AUGAUUUCAGCGGUGAAUAGCACCGCAACCAUCGGUGAUGAUAUAACAUCUAACACUCCUAAUAAACGACGUCGCUCAUCGAUAAUACCUUCAAAUGAAAUAUCAAUCGAACAAUCGCCGUCAAAACGUACACGUUCAUCAUCGCCAACUAAUCUUCAGACAAUGUUUUCAUGUUUAAAUGAUAUUGUUCAAUCUCAUCGUAAUCUUGUUCGUGAGUAUGUUGAUUUGCAAAUGCGUGAUCGAACUGAUUUGUCGAUUGAUGCGCAACGUUUUAUAAAAUCUGAACAAGAUCUUAUUGAAAAAGUUGAAAAAAAUCUACAAGAUAUAAAUCAAUCUUUAACCAUAAAACAUAUUCCAAGUAAACUAUCUGUUGAUCGUGUUCAACACGAAAGUGAUAUUUUAAAACGUAUUGAUGAAUUAAAAACCCGUGGCAAAUGGUCAAAUCAACGUUUAGUAAAAUCUAUCGAACCUAAAAAACGUAAAACACAUUGGGAUUAUUUACUUGAUGAAAUGCGUUGGCUAGCUGAAGAUUUUGCACAUGAAAAACGUUGGAAACAAAUGAUGGCAAAAAAACUUUCAUUAGCUAUAUUAAAAUAUUUUCGAGAAAAGAAUCAAGCUGAAAGUCAACAGCAACGUGAUGAAAUCAAACGUCUGCGCAAACAGGCUCUAUUUGUAUGUAAAGAAGUAAUGAAUUUUUGGAAGAAUAUGCAUAAAAUAGCUGAAUAUAAAGAAACAACACGAAUACAAGAAUUAAAAAAGCAUCAAUUAGAUUUACAUUUAAAUUUUAUUGUGGAUCAAACCGAGAAGUAUUCCGAUUGGCUUGUUAAAUCAUUAAAAACAGAAACAAAUGAUGAUGAUGCAGAUUUUAAUGUAACUGAAGAUAUGAACGAUGAUGAUAAUGAAGAAACAAUCGAACGUGAAGAACAAGAAGAACAAGACGAUUAUGCUAUGAAUGAAAUAAAAGAAUUAGAAGCUGAUAAAGAAGAAUCUAUUGAUGCAUUAUUAAAACGUUAUUAUGGUAUUGAUAUAUCGAAUUCAUCAAGUGAAAAAGAAAACAAUGUACCAAUCGAAACAAAACAAGAUGAAAAUAAUGAUAAUGUCGAUGAUGAAGACGAUGACGAAGAUGACAAAAGUCAACCAUCGGAAGAUGAAUCAAAAGAUGACUUAACAAAAAAUAAAGAAAUGAAUGAUUUAGCAACAACUGCUCAGGCAUUACAGCCAACUGGAUUUACGCUCAAUACGACAGAAGUUAAAACACCGGUGCCAUUUUUAAUUAAACAUUCGCUAAGAGAAUAUCAACAUGUUGGAUUAGAUUGGCUUGUUACUUUAUAUGAAAACAAACUUAAUUGUAUAUUAGCUGAUGAAAUGGGUUUAGGUAAAACAAUUCAAACUAUCGCGUUACUUGCUCAUUUAGCAUGCGAAAAAGGUGUAUGGGGUCCACAUUUAAUUGUUGUUCCAACAAGUGUUAUGUUAAAUUGGGAAUUAGAAUUUAAAAAAUGGUGUCCAGCAUUUAAAAUUUUAACUUAUUACGGCUCUGUCAAAGAACGUCAACUGAAACGUCAAGGCUGGACAAAAGUCAAUGCAUUUCAUGUCUGUAUAACUUCAUAUAAACUCGUUCUACAAGAUGCAAAAGCGUUUCGUCGUAAAAAAUGGAAAUAUCUAAUCUUAGAUGAAGCUCAAAAUAUAAAAAAUUUCAAGUCUCAACGUUGGCAAACAUUAUUAAAUUUUCAUUCACAACGUCGUUUAUUAUUGACCGGUACACCAUUGCAAAAUUCCUUGAUGGAAUUAUGGUCGUUAAUGCAUUUUUUAAUGCCAAAUUUAUUUGCAUCUCAUCAAGAAUUUCGUGAAUGGUUUUCAAAUCCAUUAACAGAAAUGAUCGAACAAGGACAAAUGAAUACCAACGAUCUAUUAAUUAAGCGUCUACAUAAAGUUUUACGCCCAUUUAUAUUACGUCGUUUAAAAAUUGACGUGGAAAAACAGAUGCCAAAAAAGCACGAGCAUGUUAUUAUGUGUCAUCUAUCCAAACGACAACGACAGUUGUAUGAUGAUUUUAUUCAAUGUAGAUCCACACGUGAUGUUAUACAACAAGGACAUUAUAUGUCUGUUAUUAAUAUACUGAUGCAAUUACGAAAAGUAUGCAAUCAUCCAGAUUUAUUUGAGUCAAGACCUAUUAUCUCACCAUUUACUAUACAAAAGAAAACAAUUACUUGUGAAAUACCAAAAAUGAUUGAAAAGAUAAAUUUAAAAAAUCCGUAUCUAAAUUUUGAUUUACCACCUAAUGAUACGUUUCUUUGUUUUCGUAUUAAAUUCACUUUACAAGCAACAAGAGAUAUGAUAUUUGAUUCAAUUAAUUCUAUUGAUGAAAAUAAUCGACCAACUAUUUCAUUAACUUCGGAUAUUAUUGAACGAUAUAGAAAUAGUUCAUUAUGGUAUCAAGCAAAUGCGCCAACGAGAAUAAUUCGUAAUCGUCCAUUAGUAAAAUUAAUUUCCCCGGCGGAUUUUAUUGAUGAUGAAUUUCAACCAGAAAAUAUUUAUUAUGAAAUCUGUAAACAACGUCAACGUGAACGUUUAUCUCGUUUUGAACUUCUUUGUCGUUUAAAUACGGAUCGGUGUCAAUCUCGACCAUUGUAUGGUUCAGAUGUUUUAACGCAAGUUGAAUUAGCUAUGCGCCCAUGUAAUAAUCUAAGAAGAACAACCUUUAGUGGAUUUGCAGCAUGUCAAGAUGUACAUAAACAAUUAAAUACAGUCAAAGAUUUUUUUUCCACAACAGAUACACUUCAAAAAUCAAUCAAAUCAAAUAAAGAUAUUUUAAUUGAUGCUCAAAAUUUAUUACAUCGAUUUGUAAUGUGUACUACAAAAGUAGUAGCAUCUCCGAUUGAAUUAUGUCAAUUCAAUGGUAUUAGUCGACGAGAUAAAACUGCUCAACAAAAACCCAUGAUAGAAGUAAUAUCAUCAACUGAUUUUCAAGUACUUUCUUGCAUAAAUCAGAUUAAACAAAAUAUGUUUUUACAAUUUCCUGAACGACGUUUAAUUCAAUAUGAUUGUGGUAAAUUACAAACACUUGAUGUGCUUCUAUCACAAUUAAAACGUGACAAACAUCGUUGUUUAAUCUUUACACAAAUGACCAAAAUGCUUGAUAUACUUGAGCUAUUUUUAAAUUAUCAUGGUUACACAUAUGUUCGAUUAGAUGGUACAACACAAAUUGUACAAAGACAAAUGUUAAUGGAACGUUUUAAUAGUGAUGAGAAAAUAUUUGUUUUUAUUUUAUCGACACGUGCUGGUGGUAUUGGUGUGAAUUUAACAGGAGCUGAUACAGUUAUUUUUUAUGAUUCCGAUUGGAAUCCUACUAUGGACGCACAAGCACAAGAUCGAUGUCAUAGAAUUGGACAAACCAAAGAUGUACAUAUUUAUCGACUUAUAAGUAAAAAUACAGUAGAAGAGAAUAUUUUGAAAAAAGCGAAUCAAAAACGUUUACUCGGUGAUUUAACUAUUGAUGGUGGCAGUUUUGAUGUAAACUAUUUUAAAAAGAAUAAUAUUCGUGAUCUAUUCGAUCAAUCAUCAACAUUGGAAGAUAUUGUCCGUGAACGUAAUGAAUAUCAACAAAAAUUAGAUACUAGUCGAACUACAACAGCAUCAGCAGCAGCAACAACAACAACAACAACAACAACAAAUAGUUCUAAUCCUGAUAGUAAUUUAACAUUAACACAAUAUGAAGAAGCACUUGCAGCUGUUGAAGAUGAAACUGAUCGACGUGCAGCUGACGAAUUAAAUAAAGAAGUUCGAAAUGAAUUAAAUGAAUUUAACGAAGAAGAAACAAAUGAUUUAAAUGAAGAUCAAUUAAUAGAAAAACAAAAACGACAAAUGAACAAAGUUGAAGAAGAACUAAAAACACUUGAUGAACAAUUGCGUCCUAUUGAACGUUAUGCAUUACGUUGUGUUGAAGUUUAUCGUCAAGAACAUCAAUUAACACAAGUUGCUCCCAAUACUCAACUAGAUACUGAACAAAUUCGAAAAGAUUGGCAAUUAUCUCGUCUAAAAUCUUUAAAAGAAGAAGAAGAACGACAAUUAGAACAAGAGGAUGAUGAAAUGAUGUAUACCUAUGCUGUGGAUAAAGAACGACAAACUAAAUAUAGUUAUACAUAUUCAGCUGCUCAAAAUAGUUUAAUAGCUAGUGAACUGGCACGUCAUGAAAAGAGUUCAGCUGCAAUUGCUGCUAAUCAACCGCCACCGCCACCAACGGUUAUUCUUCCACCUACUCCUCCUCCUCCACCACCACCACCACCAACUCUCCCUUCUUCUACUCCACGUCCUAUUCUCAUAAAACGUUCAUCACAUACUCCGACUGAAAACCUUCGCAGACGUCGUAUACAACUUCCACCACCUACUCCUUCGCCUCCACAACAUCACAAAUCGCUGCAGUUACCGCCGCCGCCGCCACCGCCAUCAUCAUUGUCAACUCCUUUACAACCACCACCACCACCAGCAUUAAUUCAAAAACCAUCUCGAAUAAUAAAACCACAAACAACAUUGCACACAACCAAUAAUCGACAUAGUAAUAAUUAUAAUAAUGAUGAUUGUGGUGAUUCAACAACACUUCUUGUUGCUGAUGAUUUUGAUGACGAUGACGAUGAUUUCGAUAAUGAUAAUAGAAUAUAUUCAUCGAAAUCGAAAACAACAUUAUCAACAAUAACUAGAAGACCUAUUUCAAAUAUAUCACGUACAACACAAAAUUCAGUAACAUCUGCAUCGUCAUCGCCAUCCAGUACGACUACAAAUGGACAACAACAAAUAUGGAUUGUUAAUUCAUUAGAUCAACAAUCAGUUCUAUCAUUAAUUAACUAUAUUAAUCCUAAUACAGCAACUAGUUCUCGUUCAACAGGGUCAAUACUUCUAAGUAAUAAAUCCAAUGUGACUCCUUCACCAGUAACAAAUAUUCUCGCUCAACAACAACCUCGUUCAUCAUCAACAGCUGGUACUGUUUAUGAAAUUCGUCCAUCACAACAACAACAACAACAACAACAACAACAGCAAUCACAGCAGCAGCAGCAGCAACAACAACAAAAUGUUGUUUAUCAAAUACAAAAUGGUCGGAUAUUUCAAUCAACUAAAAAGACAACAUAA